AUGGCGCCUGUCGGCGCUGCCGCCGCUGCGAGGCAGGCAGAACCAGUAUUGACGCGCAUCGUUGAAGAGGACCAGAUACCGUGGCAUAAGAAGAGAAACUUGCGGAGGCUGUAUGCGCUCUUGUUGCCGACGUGUAUUGGGAUUGAGAUGACGUCUGGCUUUGAUUCGCAGAUGAUCAACGCGGUGCAGAUUGCACCGACAUGGCAGAUAUACUUCAACGAACCACGAGGAGUGCUUCUCGGUAUCAUUUCCUCAGCAUACAACCUAGGUGCGCUCUGCGCUCUACCACUUGUGCCCUACGUGAACGAUAGAUUUGGGCGACGAUGGGCAAUCUUCCUAGGCUCCUGGAUCAUGGUUGUCGGGGCGCUAGUUCAAGCUUUCUCAAUCAGCGCUGGCAUGUACAUUGGCGCCAGGUUCAUCAUCGGUUUCGGCAUACCAUUCUGCAUCAUCGCUGGCUCGUCUUUGAUGGGUGAGCUUGCGUAUCCAAAGGAGCGGCCGAUCAUGACUUCUCUCUUCAAUGCACUCUGGUUCGUAGGUUCGCUCAUAGCAGCAGGAGUAUCGUAUGGCACUCAAAGUCUCAAUGAUGACUGGGCCUGGCGCAUACCAUCGCUUCUUCAGGCCGCUCCGUCAUUACUCCAGAUCGUAUUCAUCUUCAUGAUACCCGAAUCACCCCGCUUCCUCAUCUCUAAAGACCGUCGUGAAGAAGCCUACCGCACGCUGGUCACCUACCAUGCAGAAGGCGACAGCUCUUCGCACUUUGCCGCUGCCGAAAUGGCGCAAAUCGAACACACAAUUCGCAUCGAACUUGAGCAUUCGAAGCGCUCCUGGCGCGAGAUGAUCGCCGUUCCCGGUCUACGCAAGCGGGUCAUUAUUGGUUCUUUCCUGGGUCUCUUCACCCAAUGGUCCGGCAAUACCUUGCUGAGCUACUAUCUGAACCAACUGCUAAUCAUGAUUGGGUACGACGAUCCGGGCUUUGCGGGGAAAGUGAACGUCGGACUCAACAGCUGGAACCUGUUCACUGCAGUGUCCUUUUCGCUAUUGGUCCGACGCUUUCCACGCCGAAAGAUGUACCUCAUCUGCGCGACCAGCUUGUUGUGUUGCUAUGUUGCAUGGACAGUCGCUGUGCAUCGUUACACUGCUACAAAGAACAUUGAGCCAGCGAGGUUGACAAUAGCGAUUAUCUUUUUGUAUCAGGCAUGUUAUAAUAUUAGUUAUAAUGCACUUACCUACACAUUUCUAGUCGAAUUGUUCCCUUUUGCGCAACGUACCAAAGGCAUCACCAUCUUCCAGUUCUUUAGCAGAACAGCAGUCUUUACUACAACCACCCUCAACCCCGUCGGACUGCAACGCAUACAAGGGCGCUGGCUUAUAAUGUACUGCGCUUGCCUAGUAUUUGAAAUCGUCUUCAUUUACUUUAUGUUCCCCGAAACCUAUGGUCGCACAUUGGAAGAACUCGCAUUCCUCUUCGAAGAUCAUGCGCGAGCUGAUGAGGCGACGACGCAUGUCCAGAAGCAGAUGGAAUGGUCGGAGAGAAGAUGGAGUCGGAUAGAGGAGCGGAUGAGUUGGGAGAUGGAUGUCUUGAUCCCGACAGUAGCGCAAAGUGGCCGGAGAGAAGAGACAAGGAACGACAGUAUACUCCAUUCACAAGACGUGAUACGACGACAUGAUAUGAUGAGAUAG